CGCAGACCGGAAUGCGAUGGAGACGUGUCAAUGACCUUGGACGCCAAGAUGGGGAGGAGAACAAGACGAAAGCGAUGACGACAAGACGACAGCGUUGCAAACCGUUGAGGCACGCACAAGCCUCCUCCAGGCGAACCCAUAAAGUAAAAGUAACACAAUUUCGUUUUAAAAAUUAAUUUAAAAAUUAAAAUUCUUGUUUGAGUUUGAUCAUAAUUUCCGAGGAAAUUGGAAUAAUAACACACUGACGUAAUUGGCAAUGGUGAUAAGUAACGCUAGAGAAGCCGAAUUUUUUCAAUCAUUCAGUCAUGAAGAAAAGAAUGCUGAAACUGAAGCUGAAACUGAAGACGACACAGAUUCACCUACUACUGAGGACAUUAUAAUUAGUAAUCUAUCGCUAGCACCACCACCACCGAAAAGCUUAUCUCACAUUUAUCAUCAAGGUAAAAUUUUGGGAAAGGGUGGGUUCGGAACUGUUUAUUCGGGUGUCCGAAUAGGAGACAAUCUUCCCGUCGCCUUAAAAAGUGUGGAUAAAAUCAAAGUCAAAGAAUGGAAGGUCAUGGAAGGUGGGCUCGUAGUCCCAUUGGAGAUCUAUAUCCUGAGCAAACUAGUUCAUGCUCCGGGCGUCAUCAAACUGUUGGAUUACUUUGAAUCAUCAUCAGGUUUCAUUAUUGUAACAGAACGACCUCCAAAAUCUAAAGAUUUGUUUGACUACAUCAAUGACAAAGGGGUCUUGGAUGAGGAUGAGGCGUCCAACUUUUUGAAGCAACUCGUCACCACUAUAAUCUCAUGUCAUGCCGCUGGCUUUGUUCACCGGGACAUCAAAGAUGAAAAUGUGAUUGUAGAUCAAAGCACGAAUACUCUAAAGCUGAUUGAUUUUGGAGCAGGAACAUAUCGCCACGAUGGGUUAUACAAGGACUAUGAAGGAACUCGAGUCUAUGCUCCUCCAGAAUGGAUUAUUAAUGGUCGGUAUGCGGGUGACGCAGCAACGGUGUGGUCAUUAGGAAUCCUACUGCAUGCUAUGGUCGCAGGAGAUAUACCGUUUCAGACGGACAAACAAAUUGUUGGUGCACAGUUGAACAUGAACGGAAAUGUAAGUUCCCAAUGCCAGGAUUUGAUCCGCAAAUGUCUACGUGUUCACGCCACAAAAAGAAUACGUUUGCAAGAAAUUUUGGAGCAUGGAUGGAUGAAGAACAAAACUGCCAAGAUUCAAGACGGUCGACAUGCCCAAACGAUAGGUGACCGUUGAAAAAUUAAUAUAAAAGUCCAAUGUGAUGAUGAUGUAUCGACCAUCUCAAUGAUAUUAAAAGUUUUCAAUAUUUUGUGUAAAAAGUUCUUUUCGCUCAAACUUAUUAAAUAUUGUGCCGUACAUAUUUAGCUAGUACAAAAUAUUGAUGUCUUCUGCUCUUAAUUUGCACGUGCUAUGA